AGUUCCAUAAAACCAGAAACAUUAUGGGUAUGAUUUGUGCCUGAUUCACUGUGUAAAUUGCAUCUUAUACUACUCUAUUAUGGCAAAAUCAGGGAGUGAAUGUGUGCGUUUGUAUGUGAAAGUCAGAGAGAGAAGAUAAAUCGAAUUCGUUUUUUCUGACAUUCUGAGAGGAAAAUUACUUAGAUCCAUUUUUAUGGAUUUUUAUUCCAUCAGGAGAAUGUGUUAAUAUAAUUGUUAAUUGUAUUUCUUACAGUGAAAAAAAAAGUUUUCACUUUAAAAAAUAAUUUAGUCAGAAAUUGCUUGAAAAUGUCAUGAAUAAUUACUGAGAAAAGGCUAUUAACAUAUUGAAUUGCAUUUAGUAAAAAGUAUAAAAACUGAAGUAGUAAUUUUUUUUUACAACUUUAUUUGUAAUAGUUUAUAUUAAGUGGCCUUAACUACUACUAUGUAGUACAUCUAAUAUAUGUACAUUUCAAUUAAUAAUUGGAUACUAUGCAAUUAAAAAAAUAUAAAAGAGAAAUGCAUUUACAGACACUUUACAUUUUUUAUUAUAUAUAUAUAUAUUUGGCCAUGGACAUGGUUAUGUAUGAAACUCAUUUAUCCCUAAAUGGCUACAUUCCUGAUUUGUGCUGAGCAGGAUGAUCAUAUUGGCAGUGGAUUUGAAGUGGAAUUAGAAAAACCUAUUACUGCUAGAGAUUACCCAGAGAGUCAAGGCCAGUGGUGGGAAAGCUCCUGUGUAUAUAAAUGUUGCAUGGUAAAGUUACAAGCUACUUAUAAUUCAGAGAAGUUGCGCCACAGUCAGACUGCAGUUUUGUUCAUUGUCUAACCGCUUACAUUACAACCGCUUUCCCCACUGCAUUCAUAGAUGUCAUAAACAUGCACAAGGAUAUGAUAUAUACAGUUUUGUUUACAUACCUCCUGCAGAAUGUGCGAAAUGUUACUAAUUGAAACAAAAUAAGAGGGAUCUUUUGUGCAUGUUAAUUUUUAUUUAGUACUGUCCUGUAUACGCUAUUUUACAUGUACUCCACAAGACAAAAUAAUAACUGAAUUUAUAAAAAUGACCCCAAUAGCUAUUUAAAUUAACCUUUUUUUCUCUCCUUUUUUUUAUUUUGGUUUUAAAUGAGCGCACCGAUAAUCUAGAAUUAAUCAGACAAACACUCAGCGUUCCUUAAUGCAACUUUGUCGGUGAUGUAUGUAUUUUAAUCAAAAACUUGUUGAAUGGCAUCGGCCCCCGUUCCACGAUACCUGUCUCUCUCAGAUGCUCUUGGCCCAGAGGGUUCAUUCAUCACGUCUGAAUUACAGCGGAUCACCAUUCUUGCUGAUUCCUGCAGUCCCGUCUAUUUUAGGGGCAUAAUAUUAUCUUUCUGCCUGAGUUCUCCUCUGACAGCAGCCAGGAGGGAGCAGAUAGUAUCUGGCCGCGGCCCGUUCGGGGCACGGGGGGCAGAAUCCCUCCUGGCACAAGAGUUUGCCGGGGAUGUGGCCAGUUGACACGGAGGCUUCGCUCACAACCAUUCUAACUUAGCCAGGCAAAUAUUUUUCCAGGCUUGUGAGCAGAGGGGGCAUUAACACUAUUCAGAGCCCGGCGUUUGAGACUUUAUGAUCUAAGAGAGAGUGAAGGGUGAAUAAAUAGCUUUUUGUUUGAAUGAGCCAGAGGGGAAGAGGGCAGCGAAAAAACACUUUAGCUCAUAACUGGAGACGGAUCAGCGGGCAGCUGGGUAGGUAGCUGACACAAGGUUUACGGAUGGGCCAUAAAUACAGGCCCACAGCAGAACAUGCAGCAGAUCCGCUGUCGACUCCAGCCGCUCCGCUGAGAUACAAUGGAAAUUUCUAUCCAGCAUCCCUGGUACCGCCGGCCCUGGUUCCCAGGCUACUUCCCUUAUCGAAUUUAUGAUCAGUAUUUCGGAGAGCACCUACCCGACAGUGACCUUUAUUCACCUUUCUACAUGUUUUACUAUCGACCUUAUUUCUGGCGUUUUCCGAACUGGUGGGACAGUGGCAUGUCAGAGAUGAGAAUGGAUAGAGAUCGGUUUGUAAUCAGCCUGGAUGUGAAGCACUUCUCUCCAGAUGAACUGAUGGUCAAGAUCAAUGAUGAUUUUAUUGAGAUUCAUGGGAAACAUGAUGAACGGCAGGACGAGCAUGGCGCCGUGGCGAGGGAGUUUUACAGGAAGUACAAGAUCCCCUCCGGUGUAGAUCCAGAUGCCAUCAGCGCUUCUCUGUCCUCUGACGGUGUGCUGACCAUCUGUACACCGCGCCACAUGCUGGACAUCCCUGAACGCAACAUCUCCAUCACCUGCGGAGAGAAGCCACCAGCGCAGAAGUGAACCUGUUGACAGCUGCCCCUCUGCCAGUCAUCUCCAGACGAAACCCACCACCGAGAGAAUCAUCUACUGUACUAAGACCAUGCGCAUUGAUGUAACGCAGUAGACCCAAAGCGAUGUAACCAGAACCUGUCCAUUGUGAACAAUACAAUAUCAUGCAAAACGCACAGUAAGUCAGUGCUUUAGGUCAGCGAAGGCAAGUUGCCGUUGGAGUUGGCUUUGGUUUGUUAUAUAUAGGUUUAUGGUCUUUGUAUGUAAUUAUGUGGUUGACUUGGAUCAUGAUUGUAACUUUGGCUUUGAGAGCGAGCAGUUUUGAAGUGGGACGUUAUGCAGCACUGGCAUCUGUUUUUGAAGUUAAUAAAUCCCCAGGUCAAAAAUAAAUGCUGGAAUAUGCAUAUUUGUUCAUCUGAAUGUAAAGUAUGCUGCACAUGGGGUCUAAACCAGACCAAUGUGUUUUGCUGAUGUUGUUGCGCUUAAUGGACAGUAAUAAAGAUGACCUUGUAAACGUAUGUAUGUGAUGCUCGUAGACAUCGAUUCUAGUCAUUGGUGAAGACACUUUAUGGAUCAUCAAAUUUAUGGUCGUCGCAUGUGGAAGGGAAAUACAAAAGAUAAGUUCGGAUUACUGAUGGCAGGGGUGUACUGAAAUAAUAAUUCACUCCUCUUAUUUAGUCCACUGUCUUUCCCAAUGUGCUUCAUAUUUUAUUUUCCAUACCCCUUAAAGUGACGUGUUAUAACUAACAAAUAAGUGUGACUGUUGCAUAGCUAUUUUCAGCAUUAAAAAAUCUCUGAAUAAA